AUGGACCCAAAGCUGCUGGACCCAUCUAUUGUCGGGGCAUUUCCCCGUGGUUGCAGAAUCUUGACCAUCACCAAACAUGGAGAGACCAAUUGGUCAAUCGGCUUCAAGAUCACUGUCAGGCUCUUCAUCGAUCCUCCCAAAGCCCAACAUGCUGAGUCAUUCUUCGUCAAGAUCACCUCUCGAGCUUCCUACCUUCCCAUGGCCCAGGCUGAAUAUGAAGGCCAACUCGGCCUGUCACGAGUGAUACCUCAACAUACAGUCAAGCCCGUCGCGUGGGGCUCCUACCGACGCUUCGACCAUUCGCAAAAGCUGAAGACUUUCACCUGGUUCCUAGCCCCUUUCCACACCCUCCGUCCAGCUACCCCCAGGGAACUUUCCUCUAUGCUUCCUCUCAUCAUCAAGGCGAUCCAACAGAAUUCCGUCUCCCCGAGUGGAAAGUUUGGCUUCCACAUCGCUCCUUUCUUCGGCCCUCCCCGGAUGCAACAUGUGACAAACUGGACUUCCAGCUGGGAGGAAUUCUUCACUCGCGAAUUCCGCUCUAACCUCGCUUACCUCCUCCAUUCUCGAGCAAGAGAGCUCAAAGACAGCGAGCUGAACGACUUGGUCCGGCUAGCUGAGCAGUUCAUAGUGAAGGUAAUCCCGCGCUUGCUUAGACCCCUUCAAACCGGGGGACGAAACAUCAAACCAGUUUUGUUGCAUGGGGAUCUGUGGCACGGAAAUAUGUCCAUUGACACGGCCACCGGCCAAAUGAUCAUCUUCGACCCUUACGCCUUCUAUGGUCACCAGGAAAUGAAAUUACAAUGCUGGGCUCAUAAUCGGUAUCACGAAGUUCCAGGCGGUAGUGGACUGAAACUAGGAAAGAUGAUAAGGAGGUAUGAGGAGGUGGUGAGGGCGGAUGAGCCGGUUGAUGACUUUGAAGACAGGGUAAGGCUUUCUGCGGCUAGGAACGAGAUUGCUAGUGGUGGGAUUGUGAGGAAGGGGGAGAGGGAGGAGGAUUGGAGGGGAAUUCUUGAAGGUGUAAAAGAAGAGAUGAAGAGGUUGCUGGGAAAGUAUCCUGAGGGGAUCGCGGGGUUUGAGAUGGGGUUGACGCCGACGGCCGCUCGCGCGGAAACUCAAGUGGCGCGCAAGAGGAGGAGAGUGCGCGCUACUCUCUAA